CUCAUCAUGAACUGCAGCUUUCCAGCCCACCCUCUUGUCUAAGCGUGGUUAUUUAAAGCAUCAGGUCAACUCCACUAAAUCUGAACCAACCCGUCAGAUUCUAUGGACUCCCACUGGAAGUUUAUCGACUCAAAGUAGUAUCAACAAUAAAUGCACCAGACCAGUCAUCUUCCACUAGUAACAAAUGGCAGUUAUCAAAGUCAUCAAUAAUUCCUCAACGGACAUUUAUGUCAGUGUUCAAGCAUCUGCCGAAGAUGCCAGUAAUGGGGCCAGCGAGGCCUGGUACACUCUCAAAGCCCACGGAGGGAGUGACACCUGGAAUCAUAGGGCUCAUGAGCGAGUUGUAUUUUUCACCAGAAGCUUGACUCCAGGGGCACUGGUCGAGACGGUUUUUGGUGUACCAGGAGAAACUGUGAACAUCUACUAGCAGGAUUUGUUACUCAUAUUCACUUGAAUACAUAACGUAUUUGUUACCGC